AUGGGUGGGUCUUCCUGCGAAAAGGAGUGCCGUGAUCAGACACUGGAGAGGGUGGUGGUGUUCAACGACAGAGCGGAACUGAAACGUCGAGUGCUCUGUGAACUACAACCGGGAUUCAACGAAAUUCAUCUUGAAAAUGUCACUCGCAACAUCAUUCAUGACUCAGUUCGUGUAGAUGGACGUGGUCACGGUACAAUUCACGAUGUUCAACUCAGUGAAAAAGCUGCCAUUCAUGAGGAGACCGAUUCACCGAGGGUUGCUGCAAUACGCGCUAAGUACGAGGAUAAGUUGCAAGAAGUAAAUGAGUUGAAGGAUCGUGCCAGUAUUGUGCAGAAAAGAGUCGAAGUGCUGGACAAACUGGUGGAAGGA